GGCUGGGCUGGGCUGCGCUGCGCUGCACUGCAGGAAGCAGGAAGUUUGGGCUGAAACUUCGCGCACCAGGAAGUGUCCGGAGAGGCGAGAGCGGAGCCCCCUAGAGCAUGGAGGGCACUGCUGGCAGCGGGAUGGCGACCGACCGGGUGAAGAACCUGCAGAGCGAGGUGGAGGGGGUGAAAAACAUCAUGUCGCAGAACGUGGAGCGGAUCCUGGCGCGGGGCGAGAACCUGGACCACCUGCGGAACAAGACCGAGGACCUGGAGGCGACGUCUGAGCACUUCAAGACGACCUCGCAGAAGGUGGCCCGCAAGUACUGGUGGAAGAACGUCAAGAUGAUCGCCAUCAUCUGCGUCAUUGUGGCCAUCAUCGUCAUCCUCAUCAUACUCUUCGCCACCAACGUCAUCCCCACAUAGGCUACGCCCCGCAGCCUCUUCCUCUUCCCCCACUCCACAGCUUCCCUGUCCCCACUGCCUGAGGGUCGCUGGGCUGGGGGGGGGGCAACGCCUCCUGUCAGCCCCCUGAGGCUGCCCCUCCCUAUGCCAGGAGGGGGAGGGCACUCGUACCCUGACCCCCAUUGCCUCCAUGAAAGCUCCUUGGGGACUGUAGCCCCCUGAGGGGAACUCCCCUGCUCCCUCUGGCUCUGCCCAGCUCCCUUCCCCCAAGCCCUCUGUCACCCUUUCCCGGGCACCCCCAUCGGUGUUCCCAGGCUGGCAGAGCCAAGCCAUGCGGGAGCAGCUCCCAGCCCCUCUCCAUGUGGCCAACGGAGCUAGAUCUGCCGCCCAUGGCCGUGGCCCCCCAACUCGGCUCCACGGGGCGGGGUUGUGCCCUCUGCCCAGUGUGGCUGGCUCUCGUCCAGCUGAGGGAGAAGGCGCUCCUGGGGCUAGGGUGAUGGGCUUGGAUCUGGGGAAUGCUCUCCCGCCCCCCUCUCCCCGCACGUGCCCUUUCUGUGGCAGAGCUGGGCGUGGGCAAGGGCUGCUCUGUCCUGAGCCAGACGCAGCCCCGCAAGGAGCGAUCUACCUUUUGCCUUAAUAAAUAACGAGAGGAGAGAUCCCUGCAGGAGGGGGCAGGGGAUUUGUCAGCAACCUCUGUCUGUCCAGGCCAGGGGCUCAUGGGCUUCACACCCUAGGUUCUCAUAGCUGCCGCCACCCCAUGGCACCCCAAUAGUCUGUGCACCCCCUGUCCUGCCUGGACAGGCAGGUGCUCUUGGGGGUGCAGUAACCCCCUCUUGCCUGCAGGGGGAGACUCUGCCAAGGGGAGCAGCUGGGAGCUGGCGGAUGCCCUGUCGACUGGGGGGCAGGGAGGGGUGAGCAGAGCUUGUUGCAGCCUCAAUCACCCCGCCCCCUCCCCACAUGCCCUGAGUUUGGCUGUGUAUGUGGAUCUUAGGUUCUUAUGACCAGGCUCCCCCAUCGGACCGGGGGGGGGGGUCCCCUGUGCCGAGCAGUAGAAGUAGUUACAGAGCCUCCCUCCCCCCCGACCCUGGAGUGGGAGGCCAAGUCUUCCUGAUACCCCCCCCUCGCCCCCCAGAGACGCAGGCUGCGCUCCCUAUAAUAAAUGUAUUUAUACCUCA